UCUUCUUCAAGUAAAGUGCAGUCCCAACCAAGUGAUUCGCCCCCAUCUAAGCAAGGUGGAGAGAGUGCUAGAAAGUUGAGGACUAGAAUUGCUAAGAAGAUGAAGCUAGCUAGUGGAACAGCAGGGACAUGCAGCAGGGGCAGCAGGACUGAACUUGAUAGAUACUUGGCUGAAGAAUGUGAAGAAGAUACAAAAAAGUUUGAUAUUCUUGCUUGGUGGAAGGGACAGUCUACUAGAUUUCCCAUAUUGUCCACAAUGGCUCGUGAUGUGCUCGCCAUACCAAUUUCCACAGUUGCUAGUGAAUCUGCCUUUAGCACAUCUGGGAGGAUUCUAGAUGAUUUUAGGACUUCACUAACUCCAUUUAUGGUUGAAGCUCUUGUUUGCACUCAAGAUUGGCUUAGAAGAGCAACUCCUAUCAAUAUUGAAGAAAAUACAGAAGAGUUGGCCAAACUAGAAGAAGAAAUUAUUCAAGAAUUCAAGGACAAGGCCAUUGUUGAUGCACAUGCUGCGCCGUCACAAAUCCAAGGCAGCAAAAAAAAAAGAUGGUUACAUCCACCAACAUCAGCUCACAGCCAAGCAAAAGCUCACAGCCAAGCAAAAACUACAAGAACAAGAGCUUAUCUAAAGAUAAAUGACCAUCUUGUGAUUGUGAAGGACUGAACUACUGAAGUCUGAAGGUGCUGGUGCUUGGUGCUU